AUGGCGCUGCGGGGCGAGAGUGCGCCGUGCGGCAAGCCGGCGGCAUACGUGCAGCUGCCGGAGCUGGACGGACAUUCGCGCAAGGUCUACGCGCUGGCCUUCAACUGCGAUGGCACCAUGCUGGCGUCCGGCUCGCUCGACCGCAGCAUCCGCAUCUGGGACCCCGUCACCGAGCGCGAGCUGACGGACCUGCGCGGCCACUCAGACUCGAUCCUGUCGCUGGCCUGGGACCCCACGACGCCGCACCGGUUGGCUAGCACAGGCUCCGACAAGACGGUGCGCUUCUGGGACGCCAAGACCGGCCGCAUCGUCAACAGCGUCUCGCUGCCCGCCGACGCCGUCAACAUCGCGUACAGCCAUGACGCCAAGUACGUUGUGGUGGGCAACCUGAACAUGGACUGCAUCACGCUCAUCGACACGCGCAAGGCGCGCGUGGUGCGGCGUGUCGUGAAUCCGUUCGAGUCCUACGAGAUGCAGUUCAGCAAAAGCGGCUUCCUCUUCGUGGCGGCGGGCCACGCUGCAGGCUUCGGCACGUUCGAGAUCAUGCGGGUUGUAGCUGAAAAGAAGGGCAAUCCGAAUCUUGAAAGCGCGCACAAGGUCAUGGCACACGCAGGAAGCUGCGUCAGCUUGGACUUCCACCCAUCGGGAAGGUAUUUGGUUCUGGGCGGCCUGGACUCACUCGUUAGUGUGUGGGACCUGGAAGAGCUGUACUGCGUCAAAACAUUCGUGGUCACAACAUCAAGCAUUAGGUUUGUCCGGUUUAGCCACGACGGCAAGUACAUUGCUGUUGGCAUGGAUGACCCCAACGUGGUCGUGGUGGAAGUGGAGAGCGGUGAGGAGGUCGUGAACCUCCAACUCCAAAACAACCUGCAGUACUUGAGCUGGCAUCCAAGCAAAAACGUGCUGGCGUAUGUUGGCGACAAGGGCUCAAGUGACAAGAACUCUAACCGCGACGGUGUCAUUAAGAUGAUCGAGAUGAAGGAGUAG